GUUGGGGAAUCGUCGGCCCGUUUCCGCUCAGCGACGGGGAAAGCUCUCUCGCGCCCACCCGGCCGCAAUUCCGUCAGUCAUGCCUUUGCGGAACCCCUCCGCCCUGUCAGGAUACCGGUGUCGCUCGCGUUUGCUCCUAAGGGCCGCAACCCGGGCGAGGAGGGCUGCGGCCGGGUCUUCCGGCCUGGAUGAGUCAUUUCCGGUCACAGGCUCCCUCCCCCGGAAGUGAGACCUGAUGUAAACACCGGAGCCGGGCGUCAAGGCCCGCGAGGUCAGAAAGCCGGGCCGCGGGCGGCACCGAGAACCUGGGCGGAGAUCCGGGACGCGCGGAGGUCAGUCCUGCUGGGGUUGGUAGGUAGCAUUGUGAGGAGGAAGAAGAAAUCAGUUGGGGACAGGAGUUCUAGGACUUGGAGGACAGACCCCAGGACUCUUUCCAGCUCUACCCCCAUUUGCGUCCAGGAAAGCAAUCCUGGACCAUGACUCAGCAGCCACUUCGAGGAGUGACCAGCCUGCGUUUCAACCAAGACCAAAGCUGCUUCUGCUGUGCCAUGGAGACAGGUGUGCGCAUCUACAACGUGGAGCCGUUGAUGGAGAAGGGGCAUCUGGAUUCCCUGGAAUCCUGGCCUCUCGUAGGCACCUCAAGACACUGGCAGAUGAAGAUGUCAGAGCACCUCAGAGUCGCACAGCGAGGCCUACAGCUUGGAAGUCAUGGAUCUUACAGCUUGAGAAGCUUGGUGUUUUGUCUUCAUUUAACAAACAUUAAUUGCAUGCCUCCUGUAUGCCAUGUCUUUACCUAUGGAGCACUUGCUGUGAGCCUGUGCUGAUCUGGGACGAUGCCCGGGAGGGCAAGGACUCCAAGGACAAGCUGGUGCUGGAGUUCACCUUCACCAAGCCAGUGCUGGCUGUGCGCAUGCGCCAUGACAAAAUCGUGAUCGUGCUGAGGAACCGCAUCUAUGUGUACUCCUUCCCCAACAGUCCCCGAAAGCUGUUUGAGUUUGACACCCGGGACAACCCCAAGGGGCUCUGUGACCUCUGCCCCAGCCUGGAGAAGCAACUGCUAGUGUUCCCAGGACACAAGUGCGGGAGUCUGCAACUUGUGGACCUGGCGAGCACAAAGCCCGGAACUUCAUCUGCUCCGUUCACCAUCAACGCACAUCAGAGCGACGUGGCCUGCGUGUCUCUGAACCAGCCAGGCACCGUAGUGGCCUCGGCCUCCCAGAAGGGCACCCUUAUUCGCCUUUUUGAUACGCAGUCCAAGGAGAAACUGGUGGAACUGCGCAGAGGCACUGACCCCGCCACCCUCUACUGCAUCAACUUCAGCCAUGAUUCCUCCUUCCUGUGCGCUUCCAGUGAUAAGGGCACGGUCCAUAUCUUUGCUCUCAAGGAUACCCGCCUCAACCGCCGCUCCGCGCUGGCUCGUGUAGGCAAGGUGGGGCCUAUGAUUGGGCAGUACGUGGACUCUCAGUGGAGCCUGGCAAGCUUCACCGUGCCUGCUGAGUCAGCCUGCAUCUGCGCCUUCGGUCGCAAUACUUCCAAGAACGUCAACUCGGUCAUUGCCAUCUGUGUAGAUGGGACCUUCCACAAGUACGUCUUCACUCCUGAUGGAAACUGCAACAGAGAGGCUUUCGAUGUGUACCUUGACAUCUGUGAUGACGAUGACUUUUAAGGACCCUGUGGGUUGUGCCAGGAGCCUGCAGUGGCAGAUUGCAAAGCCUUUAGGGGGUUGGGAGUGCUGUGGAAGCCACUAGCCAGCAAGCAUUAAUGGGGCAGGUGCCCACUUUCUACUCAGCAGAGAGUGCCUAAACAGCUCUCUUCCCUCAAGCACUUCGUGAAGACUGUGUACCAGUAAGGCCAGGCCAUGGACCCUGGACGGCAGCAGACCCCCUGAGGCUCCCAGCCUGGAGAAGACUGCUAGGCACCCAAAGGGAGUGCCCUAAUCCAACCUGUGUGGGGGGGAUUAAAAAACUUCCCUGAAAGAGACGAUCUUUGAUGUGAUGAACAUGAAUAAAAGGCCCUUAAUGGUA